AUGGGUUACGCACAAUGGAUCGUGAUCAAUGUCAUCAAUAGCAUGUCUUCGAACACGCUAAGUAUCGCCAAUGCCAUCCCCGACGUUGACAAAAGCGAAGGCUGGGGCAAAUUCUAUCGGGACGGGAACAAAGAUGAAGAAAUCAAGGCUUCUGAGAUAAACAAAAUCACGGUGCCUCCAGGCGGUUCGAAAAGUAUCAGCUCGUGUGGCCGCUCCGAUUCAGCCUCUGGAACGACCGGACAUCUUGACCUGUAUGAUGGCGACACCAAGAUUUGCAGAGUCUAUUGGGACUGCCCCUGGGGUAGCAAGGCCAAUGACUUUGGUAUCUCAGAGAAGAGUACUCAUGGUUACUGGAUCCAGCAGGGAUCCUGGAACAGAGACUCUGGAGCUAUUGGCUCCGUCGAUGUUGAGGUUGGAAAGAAGGGCUAA